UCGUUUUCUUUGAGGGAGUUUGCUAAACAAGUUUUGUUUUUAACUGUCUUGUAAAUGAGAAACCCAUCUAUUAAAUGAUACCAUAAUUGACUUGAAAGUUGCAAAACAUGGCUACAAUAAAAGUUACAACAGAAGCACUAGAGACAGCCAAAGAAAAACUUAAAGUUUUCAGAGCGCGGGCGUCAAAACAAGAAUGGAAAGCAUUUGAAAUUGUUGGUGCCAACAAAGAUGUGAUGGUAAAUUUUGAUUCGAUGCACAGGUUUGAAGCAAGGCUGCACACUGUAAUGGAAAGUAAAGUACGAUUACCAUGUGUAGUGUGCCAAGUCAGUGAUGGUGCAGUGUUCUGCAGUAUAACGUAUACAAGCCUAUUAAACGCAAAAGAAAAACUUUCUCAUUCCCGAUUCAAACCAGCAUUUUACUUUGUGGUUUUUCCAAAUGAGACCAUUUUCUACAGCACAAAGAAAGUGAUUCCUGAAGUUAUCUCUGAUAUAUUGGUCCAAGUUUAUGGAGCAACCCAGUUAAAACAGCUACCUCUCGAAGGUAAAGACUUCAGGUCAUUACGGCAACUGCAUUUGAACAAACAGCACAAGGGAAAGCUGUGCAGAAGACCUGUUCAAGAUAAACAUCCCAUCGACUUCGAUAUCGAAAUGGGCGGAGAUUCCUCUUCAGAUGAAAAAGAAGCUAAAAUUAAAGAUGAAGAUAAACCAUGGAAGAAGAAAAAGAAUGAAUAUUAUAACCAGCAUUUUUAUCCUGAUGAAGAUCCGGUCAUAACCAAAUUUACCGUUUCGUCUUCGUCCAAGUUUACGGGUUCAGGUGCGAUGUCGAAACUUCACUGCGAUCUUAAAGUCACCUUCCGAUCGGAAAACCUCAUAAAUUUUUUAAAUUAUUCGAUGGACAGUGGAAUUCUAUCUUACCCACUAAACCCUUUCUUGGAAAACGUCGCCAAGUUGGGCCGCACCUCAGUUUCAAUAAGGGAUACUGAAGAAAAUUAGGUUUCAUGUGUUUCAACACUAUUUUUAAGGUCCAAUCGCUUUGUAAAUUAUUUGGAUUCCCGCUCCUUAAAUAAAUCUUUUUAAAAAUA